GAAAUCCCCUACCGGAAGUCAUCUAUGUCAUUUCAACGAGCUUCACGGCCAGACCAGCUUCAACUUUUUGCUGCUGUAUCGGUUUCCACAUCUUGAACCACAUCACCGGCGGGCAGACGGACUCUCUCUCUGCUGAGCAGCUUUCCAAAUGGAUUUAUUUGCAUGUUUUCAGCUUUUACUUCUGUCGCACUUAUUCACCGUGAACUGUAGCCCCGGUCCGUUACUCGACGUUGUCGUGGAUCGUUAUGACAUUCCGAAAGUUUGUCCUCGAGAAGUGGAAAUAGAAGAUUUUGUUCGUUAUCAUUUCAACGGUACCUUCUUUGAAGACGGGAAAAAGUUUGACUCCAGCUAUGAUCGAGACAAAGCUUUCAUCAGCCAGGUCGGCCUGGGCAGACUCAUCGCAGGGAUGGACCGGGGUCUGCUGGGCAUGUGUGUCAACGAGCGCAGGAGGGUCAUAGUCCCUCCACAUCUGGCCUAUGGAAGCAUAGGAACAGGUGGUAUAAUCCCUCCUGAUGCUGUGCUGGUUUACGAUGUCCUUCUGCUGGAUAUCUGGAACGAAAAGGACAAGGUUGAGAUCCGCACUCUCAGCAAACCUGCGAGCUGCAGGCGAACAACUGCAGCAUCAGAUUUUGUCCGUUACCACUACAACGGCACUCUGCUCUCUGGUGAACUCUUUGACUCCAGUUACUCGAGGAAUGCCACCUAUGACACCUACCUGGGCCAGGGCGACCUCAUUAAAGGCAUGGACGAGGGUCUUCUGGGCAUGUGUGUUGGGGAAAGACGCCUCAUUAUCGUCCCACCCUUCCUGGCAUAUGGAGAGAAUGGCUAUGGAACCAUGAUCCCUCCUCAGGCCACGCUGGUAUUCGAGGUGCUGAUGGUUGAUGUCUUUAACCCUAAGGAUGAUGUAACCGUGGAGGCAAAGGAAGUGCCUAAAGGCUGCACACGCACAACAGUGACUGGAGAUUACAUCCGCUACCACUAUAAUGGCACAUUUCAGGAUGGCACGGUCUUUGACUCGAGCUAUCAGCGAAAUAGCACCUACAACACUUACAUCGGUAUGGGAUACGUGAUCCAAGGGAUGGACAAAGCCCUGCAGGGGCUGUGCAUAGGAGAGAAAAGGAGGGUCGUAAUUCCUCCUCACUUAGCGUAUGGUGAAAAAGGAGUCGGAGACUUCAUUCCUGGAUCUGCUGUGCUGGUCUUUGACAUUCACGUCAUUGAUUUCCACAACCCAAAAGAUCCAGUCAAUAUCAAAGUUACCCAUAAGCCUCAGGAGUGUAACAUGAGAAGUGAAGCUGACGAUUUGAUUCAGUACCGCUACAAUUGCUCCUUGAUGGACGGCACCCUGCUGUACACCUCGGACCAGUAUGAUUCACCUUCUAUCGCUACUCUGGGAGCAAACAAUGUGAUCCUGGGUCUGGAGGAAGGUUUAAGAGGCAUGUGCGUAGGCGAGAGGAGAGAAGUGGUCAUUCCUCCCCACUUUGGCCAUGGUGAAAAUGAAGCCGGAGUAGUUCCAAGGAGUGCAGUGCUCUUCUUUGAGUUGGAGUUGGUGGAGCUUCAGAAGGGUGUGCCUGAAGGCUACAUGUUUGUGUGGGUCGGGGAUGGCCCUGAUCCCCUCUUUCCUGCUAUGGACCUUGAUGGAGACAAACAGGUCCCCCUUGAGGAGUUUUCACUCUUCAUCAGGCUCCAGGUUCAAGGAGGCAAAGGUCGACUUCGGCCGGGGAUUGAUGUUGACAGCAUUAUUAAGGACAUGUUUGAUAAUCAAGACCGUAAUAAAGAUGGCAAGAUCGUAGAAGAUGAACUGACGGUUACAGAGGAUAAAGGGUCCAAACAAGCAAGAGAUGAGCUAUAAAGAGGACAUCUACAUGUUUCACUGGUGAUAAAGUACAGGCGUGCAAUGGCUGAGGUAACACUGUUGUUUUAGUGUGUUGUGGAAGAGUUCUGAAUUUUUCAGGACUCAUUUCCCAUCUACUGGGCCUUUUCAUUUCAGACAACUCACCCUGUAGUUGGAAAAAUUAUAUUUUCCAUACAAAACGUCUGUUUACCAAAACUCUGAACCCAAAGCAGCUAUGAGAUUCAGCCAUCAUUAAUAACUUUUACACCAGUGUUUUUCUAACUGUGAUAUGUCAAAAACAUGGUCAGUAUGUUGUGGCCAGAAGCGCUUUUGAAAUGCUGAUGGAAGAAAAAAAGAUCUGUAGGGAAGCACAUGUCAUUUACCAAGAAUCUGGGCAGGGCCCAACUUCCAGAAUAGUCCAUCUGUUACAAAAGUCAUGUGAUUUGUUGUUGAUUUAGAGUUAUACCUUUGAUCCUUCAUCUUAAUAUAAAAAUGAUUAAAAAAAAAACACUGGUUGUACAGUAUUGUUUGUGGCUGU